AGAUAUUGCUUUCUGCUAGGGCUAGGUGUUGGUGUUAGAUAAAAGAGUUAAUUGUUUUGAUUACGGCAAUCAAAUUCAAAUAUAUUAACAUGUAUUAAGUAGGCUAGUAAAUGUUACCUACUGGCAGUACGUAAGCUCAGGGCUUUACUAUGACUGAAGAAUCCGACAGCUUGGAAUUGUUUGAGUUAACUCGAGUAGCGUCUGCUGCUAAAAUAUGUCUGUCAACAUUCAAUGGCAUUCCAGGUCACCAAACGGUUGCUUUGGUGUUGGAAUCAGGGGAUGUUUUGUUCUACCACAACCCUCCCGCUGGAGAUACUCCUGUUGUGCGAUGUGUCCCUUGGUUCGAAGACCCUCAGAAGAGGAUUGAGUCGGCAACAUUCGAUCCCGCCUCUGGGAAUUGGCUGCUUGUCGUCUGUCACGAUGGCUCGCUGUACCUGGUACCAACCCAGCUGCCGUCCAACUUGGACACUCGGGAUUGUGAUUGGUCAGUGGAUGACAUCACAGCUCUGCCGCCAAUCUGUGGUGUCAAAAUGGCCGACCUGUGUCCCACAGCAGUGGCCUGGUGGGACAGAACACUGACCGAUGGGCGAUGCCAGAUUAUUGUGAUCGUCGGAGGUUCCAGAGGAGGAAUCGUGUUGGCAAUGCUACGUACUGGCUGUGUUGUUGGUCGCACUGCUGUCGAAGGAAGUGUUACCAACAUUCAAGUCUGCAAAGACGACACUUUGCUCGACAAUCCUCCUGUGUUUCUCCUGAUAACCAACGAGCACAAUAUCCAAUGGAAGCUGGUGUUGGAGGAUAGAGAGAUGGGAUACUCGUGGCCGUUGCCCUCUGAACCUUCCAGAGCUGAGUCGAACACCUCGCUGAUCAGUGUAGUAGGGUCUGAGGAGUCGGUUGUUCGACCUUCUAUGACAAGCUUUCCCCUGGCCCGAGCUAGGCUACAGGGUCUCAAGCAACUGUCAGUGGAGAAACUGGCUACACUUCGGCAGAAACUCUCGGAGAGUAGGAACAGGGGAGUGACUACUUCUGUCAUCUCUGCUAAAAGAAGAGGCAGUAGCAGUAGUGAGGAGUCAGUGUCCAGACAGAGGUCUUCAGUUUCGUCUGACAGCGAGUCACUGAGUGGGGCCGCUAUUCUGCCCAAGCUGGAACUACUGAACGAGACGUCCCUCUACCUACAGACUGCAAGAGGGAAGCCGGUAAUUGUUGGCCACUACGCUCCUGCACACAUCGUUACGGUGUAUGGGGUUGGACUGAAUCUCAGCCCCAUCUCCAUACACAGACUGCCAGGCCCGUGUGGUCUGGUGAGACUGACGGACUGGCUGCUCUACGUGACAGACCUCGGCUGUCGACAGCUGUCGGUCGUCUCCUACCGCAUGUCCCAGUGUCGCAUCGACAGCGACAAACAGAUUCUCAACAGCGAAGUGAACCCAGACUCAUUACUACAGCAGUUCUUUUUUCAAGAUGGGGAAGAAAUUCAAGCUCUCUACAGGAUAACACCAAACUUAAAGGAUCAAAAUGAAAAGUUCUUUGGCCGAUUGGAAGAGGAGACGACGAACCGUAAGAAGACCUACAAGAGCAACAGAAGCAGUGGUUUGGCCGAGCAAAGUCCGUUAGAUCAAUGUGCCGUAGUCACCAACAAAGCUGUCUACAAGGUUGUGAUGAGGAAAUCUCCCCGAGAGGUGGUGUUUGCGUGUGUGAUGAACCCCAACAAGUUGGAGCGUGCGGAGCGGCUGUGUCACAUGUUCGGGCUGGACCUGCAACAGCUGUUGGAGACUGCUGCAGAAAAACAGCUGGAAGCCGGACAACUGGACAGUGCUGUCACUCUAUACAAGCUAGCUAGGUGUCGACCAGUGAAGAGUGUGCUACACAUGGCCAGUGCUGGCUUUACUCAACAGCUACUGGCUAUGACGACGGGUCUUCUGCAGACGUCUCAGCCGUUGUCUCAGACCGAGAGUCUCCAUCUUGCAAACCUCAGUGUCUUGACGUUCACAGAACAAUGCUUGCGUGCCAAGAGCUCCGAUAACAUCAUGACCCAGUUCAGGGGCUUGUUGAGAGACAAUCACCACUAUGAUGAGGUGCUGGCAGUCAGCGUGGUGGGUCAGAGCGGGCUGUGUACGGUGUUGGAGUACCUGUGUGACCAGCGAGGACUUGCCACUCACGUCUUGGACGUCCUGGCUCGUGUCAUCAACUGCCAACACACACCUACGCUUAACUGUGAACUGUGUGAGGGAUUCUGGGAGUGUAUGAGCAACACGAACCUCGCUCAAGCAUUGGUUGUUAAUCCUGAUUUCGCAAAACUUCACAUGGGUUUUGUAAAAUCUCGACUUUCAGCGUUCAGUCCAUUUAUACUGCAAAGGUUUGCCAAUCUGUACGACCCAUCUCAGCCUGCCGUUAGACCUGUUCUUAAACGAUUACUAGAUGAGUCGUCCAAUAAGACCAGUCAAGCUAAAACUGACAAGGGUGAUUCCCAGUUCCCUCUGAGUGACUGGUUAACCAGCUACCUGCUGGUGUGUCUGUACCUGGGCCACUGUCGUCCUGGUGGUAGUAGUCGCUACAGCCCAGACCUCAUGGUGGACCUUCCAUCCCAUCACUCCGACAGCGACCAGUCUACCAAGGAGCCAGUUAGCCUGUCUCCAGUCACAGUGAGUGGUGGAUACACUCAUGUAGGUCUAGUGAGGAACGGACAGCUGUAUAUGUGGGGCUACACUGUUAACGGAUGUCUAGGUGUGGGACCCACCCUUAGUCAGACUCUACAACCCUUACCACUGCCACUGUUUCCAGCACUGGGGGUGCAAGUAGUCAGUGUAGCCUGUGGUAAACUGCACACACUUGCGCUCACUACCAACGGGGUGUAUGCGUGGGGGUCGUCGAGGUACGGACAGCUAGGUGUCGGACCUACAAGUCAGAGUUCGGAGCCAAGGCUGGUGGAAGGACUGUAUGACCAGAACAUUGUGGCCGUGGUCGCAGGACAGUAUCACUCUCUGGCUCUAACUGCUGCUGGCAGAGUGUACAGCUGGGGCUGGGGUGUACAUGGACAGCUGGGCCACGGCAAUGUUGAAGACUGCUGUUACCCUGCGCUCAUAGAAGCACUGUCCUCUGAGGUGAUAGUAUCAUGCAGUGGAGGUCACGCACACACACUCAUGCUCAGCAGCUCUGGGCGUGUGUGGGCGUGCGGGUCCAGUGUGUUUGGCCAACUAGGCACCGGCUCCAACCUCAAAUCCAGCCGUCCUGUACAAGUGUUUGGGCUGCCGGAGAAGAUAAUAUCAAUCUCCACGAGCUAUUUCCACAAUCUAGCCCUGGCCGUGUCUAACCGCCUGUACUCGUGGGGCUCCAGUCCGCAGGUGUUGAGGCUACAGGCGCAGGCGCAGAAGAAGGCGAGGUUCCAACUACAGCAGCAACAGCAUCAGCAAGCCGCUUCUGCAUCAGUGAUUACUAAGGACAUCAGAGGAGUAACAGACGACCAAGUACCUGAACCAGACUUGGACACGUCUGAUGUAUCUGAAGGUGAUGCGGACGGUGGAAAGUCCAAGUUGCAUUUCAAGCUCGCCCCAACAUCUCGUUUUGUCACUCUCAACUCGGAAAUGGUCGUAAGUCCGAGCACAGAGUUCAAGGGACUUCCGACUGGACGAGCCACCUCUGAACCGACUACAAACGUCAACAAUAGCACCCCCGCUCCCCCUGGAGUGUUGGUGGGGGUAGACGAUGGUCUGGCUCAUCUCAGCCCCACCCUUGUGGACACUUCACAUGUAGAGGGUAAAAUCACUAAGAUAAGCUGUGGAUGCCACCACUCCACCCUGCUGACAGACACAGGGCAGAUCUACACCUGGGGUCGUAAUCUUGACGCUCAACUCGGCAACGGAGCUCGCACCAAAGAGGCUGUCCACCCUACCCACAUUGCCGUCGGUAACGGAACAUCAGAGAUUGUCACGGUGGAGUGCGGAGGGGAUUUCACUCUAGCAAUCGAGGCUUCUGGCAAAGUAUGGGGUUGGGGCAGCAACCAAGUUGGACAGCUUGGCAGAGAGCCGAUAGAAGACGCCACCAAGGCCGGGCUGGAAGGCCGGCUACUGAUGCUGAAGACGUCCAAACGAGUCAUUAAACUGCCACAUGGUGCUUUGAACACGGUGGAGACUCCCAAGGAAAUACCAUCCUUACCUUCUCUACAAAUAGCCUUCCAGUCUCACCCGACAGAAUCCGACUCUUUGAAACUGCUGGCUCGUCUUUCAACUUUUGACAACCCACCGCACAGUGCCAAGACCUUGCAUUAUGCCUUGUCAUACUUCCACGGGCACUACGACACUGCAAAGUUCAGAGAAAAGUGCAUCGAGCUUGGUGAUUACCAAACAGCCUCAAAGUUGGCAAUGCUGGAUAAGCAGUUCGACAUGGCAAUGAGCUACCAACUGCAAGCUGCUAUGGCGAGCAGCGAGACAAACCAUAAACCUCCGUCAAGCGUUACAUCGAGUCAACCUUCAGUGUUAGAGCGAGCCAGCAAAUCUGUAGUGAGCACAGAGGUGAUAGUACCUACCUUGGAAACCAGCCUAACCAUCAACACGUCGUCCGCAAAGAAGAUAGGGAUCAGUCGAACAAGGUCUAACACGCAAUCAACAGAGGAUGCAGAAAACAUUGCAGAACCGACAAAACCGGAGAAACCCGAAGAAGUGGAAGAAAAAAGCACCUCGGAAAUUCACAUGUUCACUUUCCAAGGGGGAGCGGAAGAAAUGUCCGUUAGAUCUCAAGACACGCUCUGUUCCAAAUCGGACUUGUUGGAGUCGAGAUGUGACACACCCGAUACGUUGGCGAGUUGUGACGAGUUUGCCACCAAGAGUGCGGAAGUGUUUGACAGUCCGGUGAAACAGUGUGCAAAACGUAAGUCGGACAGCGAGAGUUUGACUUACGAAACGAUUGUGAAUAAUCACAUUAAGGAGUUGGAACUGCAGACCGCCAAUGGGGAGGAUGUUAGUCAUAAUAGUGCGCUUAUUGAAGAUCUAGUGAACAUCGUGGAGUUUUAUAUAGACUUGUGUGAGCAGGGACCGCAGACUUCAUUGAAAGCGUUGUUGAAACAGGGGUUGGAGUUUUGGACGGACCACAAGCUGCCCGUGUGUAGGCUGGAAGCUUUGCUGCUUUCUCAUUGGUCCUUAGUGUCUUACCCUCUGGGUCUACUUCUGUUGGGAAAUGACUCAGAAGUGAGUGUGGACGCCCAACAGAUGCUUAGCAAUUUAUCUACCGACUUCAGCUUACAGCUCUGCUCGGCCAUGGUGAACCACGUCUCUGUCUCAGACAAAGACAACAGCGUGCCAGAAGUGAUGGAGCUACUGUCAGGUCUCAGCUGGUCAGAGCAGACCUCAGCCAGUCUGGCCUCAGAACCUCUCAGUUUGGACCAGAUCAUCUCACAGAUCAGUUACAACAGCGUGCCAGAAGUGAUGGAGCUACUGUCAGGUCUCAGCUGGUCAGAGCAGACCUCAGCCAGUCUAGCCUCAGAACCUCUCAGUUUGGACCAGAUCAUCUCACAGAUCAGUUACAACAGUGUGCCAGAAGUGAUGGAGCUACUGUCAGGUCUCAGCUGGUCAGAGCAGACCUCAGCUAGUCUGGCCUCAGAACCUCUCAGUUUGGACCAGAUCAUCUCACAGAUCAGUUAUCAGCAGCCAGCCCAGUCCUACAUAGACAUUGACUUUACUGUGAGUGACAUUGUAAUCUGUCCACAGACAACAGUGUGCCAGAAGUGA